GUGUCGGUGUUAACGAAAACAGUUCCAAAGUUCUUUUCUUUUCUCUCUCCAUUAGGAAAGUCUGAUUGACUAAAAACGGGUGACUUGAAUUUGCAAAUACAAUGUCCGACACAAUGACAACUGCAGUGAAUUACAAUAACUCCUUAUGUUGAAAUAAUUAAGUUUUUUUUUAAAAUCUAAUCGAAAGUCCAAAGUACAAAACGUCGUGUGAAACCUUCAAUAAGACGGAAUUUUGACCUGAAUAUUUUUCAUAUCGUCUCUGAUUUUGAUUAUGCUCUUUUAAAACUCAUUUUCGUUCGUCUGGCUUUGAACAUUCGAUUAUCAUCUUGCGAAUUAAACACGGAAAUGAACGGUAACGAAUUGAACUUUCGACAAAAAAAAAUAUUCUGCUUACCUUGAAGCAUUGAUAGCCACUAGGCUAUUUUGGUUUCGUACAAUUUGACUGGUUAAACGCAACAUUUUUUGUUUUAUAGAAAUUCGAUAGAAUUCAACGUGAAAAUUACAAUAAAUAUAUGAAAGACACUUGACUUGUACUAAAUGAUCGUUGUGUAAAUGGUAAUGUGAUUUAGAAAAUUACUCUCGUUCGGAAUUCGCGAUUGGUUUUGGUUAAAAUGAAAGUUAAACUGAUGAGAAAGACUGUAGAAAUCGAACUGAAUCGACGGAACAAAAUUUUACAAGAUGAAGAAAUACACAAUUUACUUCAAAUAGUUCUAUCGCUCGCCACCAGUGGCAUGACCAUACAUCAACAAUCAGAUGUUUGUUUUACGCGCCAAGUGACAAUUUAUUUUUGGCUUUACCUUCUGAGAUUAGGAAUGAAGAGAUAAAAUUGUUGAUUUAGAUGAUAAAUUUGUGGUUUUGUUUGCGUUCUCUUGAUAGUCGAUUUUCAUUACAUACAUUUUCAUUGACAUAAUUUUUUGAUACAUUAGAAAUACCUAUUUCAAACGCAGAAGAAUGUCACGUUUUGAUCUGACAUAAUUAGACGAAUUCAUUCUCUCUGAAGAGUGAUAAAAUUGUGAUAAAAUUGAAAAUCACAAUCAAAAUUUAUAAUUUAUUGUGCACAUGUCCUUACAAGACAAUAUUCCAACAAAUUGAUGGUAUCAAUUUUAACUUAUUUUCCCUUGAAAUUUUCAUACAAAACAUUAAAAUUUAAAUUUUUCUGCAUAUUUUAAUGUGUCAUUGAUUUCUCUCCUAGUUUCUUUCUUAAAUAUUAAGUGGAUUAGGAUUGGCCACACCUUGAGCGGUGCAAUUUUUUUUUUAAAUUGAUUCUAUGUCAUAAGGAAUCCACGUAUGGACCAAAGGGAUGGCAAUUCAUGUUGUAAAUUACAUCAAUAUUGAUUUACAAUAAAGAAUCGUUUUAAAUGGCUCAACAAUCAUUUCUAGCGUUUGACUUUGAUCAGAAGUCAAAUUGUUUGGGAGCUGGUUUCGAUUGUACUUCAUUCAUCAAUUUGCUAGAUGUGCUCAAAUAUCUGGAAAAAAAAUUCGGAUUUUUUUUUUAAAUAGGAAAAUACGAAUUAAAAAAAAAAGAAAAAUACUUCUAUCGAAAUGUAACGAAAUUCGAAUGUCAUUGCUCGAAGAUAACAAUACUAAAGAUUUUGCACACAUGUUAUUUGGAGGAUCGUCAUAUAACGACGAAUGAAAACGUUCUAUUUUCGUACAAUGAAUACGUCAGACGUUUCGUUGUACUUUUUACUCAUUUGUGAGGGUGUCGUUGGUUGCGUUGAAUCAAACACAUAACAUACUCAGUUUCACACCGCUUCUUCUGACCGGUUUCAACACACAUGUGAUAUCAUAUACGUAUUCUGCAACGUCACGGUAAAAAUACAAACCCUUAAACAACAUCGGUUGCGAAGGUCAAUUUUUAAAAUGGGAUCAACAGUUGAAUUUUUCGAUGGACAAUCGCGACUUUUAAGCACAUUUUUUGCAAUGCUUUUUGCUCAAGCACAAAAUGCUUCUUGCGAUAAUCACAAUGACCCAUUUUUCAAAGGAAAGUUGGAAAAAUCUCUCUUCUCAUUGGAAAAACAUCUUAAAGUUGUUGACUGAAACAAACAAUAGUCGCGAAACGAAUUUUCAUAUCAACAUACAUCGGAAAAUGAGCCAUGGUGUAGUUUAAAAAAUUCAUCACCGCAUCGAUUUAUCAAUUGUUUGAUUAGAAAAAUUUUUUUUUUAUAGUCGACAAUUUCACGAAUAUUUACUAGCCAUGGUUACAUUCAUUUCUGGUUGGGUUUCGUACAAUAUGCGGUGUUAAGCGCAACAUUGUAUUUUAGUCGGUACUUCGAACAAGGACGAAAUAUUGAACAGAAAACAAUUUAUUACACGAAAUACUUAAAUUUUCUAAAUUUCAUGUAUGACAUAUUCGCUCAUUUUGUUUCAAUUUCAACUAGACUUAUUAUAAAGCGCUGUAGAUUUCAAAGUAGCUCAGUAAACACAACAUGUACUGGGUCUUAUAAACCGAAGAUAAAUUGGCGUCAAUGAGUGCAAAACAAAUCACACAUACAAUCAAGAAAUGGCAAAUCAAAAUAUACCAUUAUCGUUAUCAGAAAAAGGUAAAAUAAACGAAUAAUUUUUAACCAAGUAUCAAAUUUGUCGUUAAAUGUUACGAUUUCUUAUUAAAAAAUUGGUCAACAUUUAUCCACAUAUUUUUUUCAAAUAAGAAAUUUUUUUUUCAAUUUAAUAACCAAAAUUGCUUGCAUUUUUCAUGUGCAGCUGUUUCAAAUGUAUAUUUUUUGUUCAAUUUCCCGCCGAUAGAGGCGUUGUUGGUCAAUUACGUAUUUCUAGCCAGUCAAUGAAUUUCGUUGAAUCAUUUUUUGAACAAAACUUUAGCAAAUAAAUUUAAACAAAAAAUGAUGCAAAGAACAAUUUUUCAUCUCAUUAUUACCUACCGCAAUUAUUCCCUCCCACAUCCAUUGCACAAAAAAAACUGAAAACUGAAACAAACCGUCUGGCAAAUGUUUUCGACUUGCUGUCAGAAUGGUUCAGAACGAAAGCAGAAAAAAUGAGAAACGAACUGUCAAAAUCAUAGGCAUUUCACGAGUGAAAUGCAAAGAAAGAGAGCAAGUGAGAUAAAGAUAAAAAUCAGCAACUGGGAAAGUUCAUGGCUAUCGCGGUAAACGCCAAGGGACUAGCAGAGUACGCCUAUACAUUGAUACAUAUAAAAUUUUUUUUGUCGGGCUAUAUCGUUCCAUCUCUUUCACGAGGAAUUGCUUCAUAAACAGAUUUUCCCACAUUGUUUUUCGCAUCCUUCGUUUGGUCGCUCACACACAGAGAGACAGAAGAAAAUUCUUUUUGCUGUGUUUGGACUGAAAAGUGAGCACAUCGAGUGAAAAAAAAACCAAUUGACUUGCAAACUUUGACACGGCGAGGUUCGAAUAAGAAAAUAGUGCCAGUUCAAAUGUGUGAAUAUUCGAUAAAUUUUGGUUUUAAACAAUCGUAGAUAAGCUCCCUCAAAGACAAAGUCGAAUAUUUAUUUAUUUUUGUGGCAGAUAAAAAAAGCGUGAAAACAAAUCGAUAUAUUUAUUUUCGAGACAAUGAUGGAUCGAACAAGGUUUAAUCCAUCGGGUGAUGAUGGUGUGAUGUCAACUAAUGAUGAUGCCAGCGGAUGUAAACGGCAUGCAGUGCGUGUGGGCUAUUGGAAAGACGAUUACAUUGGAUCAUUUGUAAGUAAUACAGAUAGAAAAGCGCCUGAAAUCAACCGCGGUUAUUAUGCUCGCGUCAAGGGCAUCGAAAUCUGCAUCGACAAGUUCUUAGAGAAAACUGGAGACAAGUGCCAAAUAAUAAAUUUAGGCUGCGGUUUUGAUACACUGUAUUGGCGUCUUCGCGAUGCUGGUCACAUGAUAACUAACUUUAUCGAGUUAGAUUUUCCAAUGGUGACGUCAAGAAAGUGUAUGGCAAUCAAACGGCACAAGAACCUUCUAUCGAAAAUACACUGUGAAGACGGUGAAGUACGUUUCAAUCCAACGGACAUGCAUGCAGCCAAUUAUCAUGUGAUGGGUGUUGAUUUGCGACACAUCGACGAAAUCGAAAAUAAACUGAAACAAGCCGAAGUGGACUUUAUGCUGCCAACCUUGUUCUUGGCCGAAUGUGUCUUGGUGUAUAUUGAAAGUGAACACUGUUCGAAUCUACUAAAAUGGUUGUCUAGUCAUUUUUCGUCAUCGGUCAUUGUUAACUACGAACAGGUCAAUAUGAACGAUCGCUUUGGCGAAGUUAUGCUCUCCAAUCUACGUUCACGUAAUUGUGAUUUGGCGGGUAUAACCGCAUGCCAAACACUCGAUACGCAAGUCGAUCGAUUUCUAAAUUGCGGUUGGCAUGGUGCCAAAGCAUGGGAUAUGGUGCAAGUGUAUCAAAGUUUACCAUCGAAUGAAAUACAACGCAUAGAAAAGCUCGAGCUACUCGAUGAGGCAGAGCUGUUGACACAGCUAUUUCAGCACUAUUGCAUAUCGAUUGCCUGGACCGGAGAUCUAUUCGAGGACAUAGAAAUUACCUAAUCGCCGUGCCGUGCCCGUCGCUCGCUCGCCGUGCCCGUGCACUAUUUGAAAGCCGAGCACCAAAAUACAGACAACCGAGACGAAGAACAACAACAGCAUUGAUGAGCAAAAAAAAAAACAACAACUCCCUUUCGAUUACUUUCUAAAUGCACUGUUAUUUUCAUGUAAUACGUAAUUUUUGCUGAAUUACCAUCAAUCAUAACAAAUUUCAAACAACGUGGAAUGACGGCAACAACAACAACAACCACUACAAGGCGACAAGACACAUAUGAUUAACGUUAAAAAAAGCAAGUCUUAUGAUUUCGUUCUUCAAUUAAUCAAGACUCUUUUCAUUGUGAUUUCUGUUUACUCUAUAAUAUAAUGUAUUAUUAUGCGCUGAAGAAGAGAAAAGGGAAAAAGGAAGAGAACGGGUUAAAUCGGUUGACAUCGGUUCAUAUUUGGGACAAUCAAAAACACAUUUUAUGCAAAUGGUGUGAAACACGGUUCGACUGAGUGUGGCAAUUUGAAGAAAGUAUGGAGAAAAUUUUUAGACAAAAAAAACAUUUCUUAAUUGUGUUUACAUCUUUCUUUCUCUAUCAUUCGUUCUAUCAUCUGAAUGUCUGAAUCAUUAACAAACAAAACAACAAAAGCAUUGUACUGUAAUUCGAUGUCACAAUUUCAAAAUGGUGUGUGUAAAAUAAAGCAAAAAAAAAACAAAAUGUGUGCAUGUGAGAUUUCAAAUUGAAUCAGAAAACCAAUUUAAUGUAAAAAAAAAAAAACAGAAAAACCAAUUUCUAAGGAUGAUGUAAAAAAAAUAUGAACGUAAAACUCUAAAUAAAGAAAUGAAAAUUAUAUUGUAUUAAUUGUA